GAGAGGCUGUCCCAUGAAGCAGUGCAAAGGUGGGGUGAGGCAUAGGAAGGAAGCAGAGAGUCUAGGACACAUCUCAGCCACAUACAAGUGGCCCCGUGGGGACCGGAGCCUGCUGGAGGAGGUGGCAUCAGGCUGAGUGGGGCUCCCUGGACAGAGAGGCACCUGCUCACCAUGUUGCCUCUCCUUGCCCUGCUUCUCCUGAUCGGGCCAUCAGUGUGCACUACAGCAGGAGACAGAGAGGAACUGGCUUUUGGUGCAGAGGCAGAGUCCUGGGUGACCGUGAACCUGAAGGGAAUCCCCGUCCCCAGCAUUGAACUUAAGCUUCAGGAGUUGAAGAGAAGCAGGACUCGCCAGUUCUAUGGUCUGAUGGGGAAGCGGGUGGGAGGGUAUCAGCUGGGACGUAUAGUGCAGGAUCUCCUUGGCACGAGAGGUUUGUCCAUAGAAGGGACCUGCAGACAGGCGGCGAGUCAACAGAGGGCACGACCCGGAGCAGUGACCAGAGAAAGCCUCCAGAGUCGAGAGGAAGAUGAGGCUCCCCUAACCACCAGCAACGUGUAGCACUCUGCCACCCAUCUCUCCCCAGAACAUCACAGCUGAGGAGCCUCAGCCAACAGUCCUGUCUUUUGUCCUCAACUUGGGUAUUUCCUGCCAGGCCCUCGUCACACUCUGCAUUUUCUCCCAGGACUCACUCUUGGCAUCUGGUAGCAACGACACACAAAGCACGGCUGCCUCCUCACAAGCUGGACUGACCCAGCUCUCCCUUGUCCCUACAGCAAAGCUUCACACUCUGUAUCCCAGGCCUAGCACACAGUAGGGCUCAAUCAACGACGAGUUAGCAGUAAUAGGUAGCUUCCUCAGCCAUGCAGGGUAGAGGGUGGGAUGUCAGAAAAGCAGAGACCAACAUUACACAGCCCAGGUCUAAUGUCUAAUCCUUGGGUGGGAAGAGAGCUUGGGGCCUGGCUAAAACGGCAAUAGAAACAAGAAAAAGACCCUGGUGGAGAAGACGCUGCAUGUAUUGUAUUUGGGGGCGGGGUCAGGAGCCUUCUUCCCUUUAGAUUCCUGAUGUUGCUACCAACAGACAUCUCCCUCUGUGCUGAGGCUAUGGCUCAGUGGGCUAAGGCGAUUGUGGCCAAGCCUGACAACUUGAGUUCAAUCCCCAGGACCCACAAAGUGGAAGAAAAAAAUUGUCCUUUUACCUCUGCAUGUGUCAUGGCAUAUGUUACACAAAAUAAAAAGACAGUUUGGAAAAGA